GCACAAGCAUAUUGGUUUUUUGACUCAAACUAACUUAUAUCUGGACAACAUGGGAUCAUCAUUUUCUUCACUUUUGUUAUUUCGGCCAUUUCGGUUACUUCGGUCAUUUUGGACAUGGUUAAUUUGGUCAUUUUGGUCAAAAAAAAGAACUUCUCCAACAAAACAAUAUUUAAAUAUUACUUCUAUACCUUCAAUUAAUCUUGCAAAACCUUCACCAAAAUUAAUUAUAUUAGAUUUAAAUGGAACCUUAGUUUAUCGGAAGAAAACUCGUAAGAUAACUUUACGUCCUUUUCUCAAAGAAUUUAUUGAUUAUCUUUUGACUGAUGGUAAUUUCUUGGUGAUGAUUUGGACUACUGCAAGACCUGAAAAUGCUAAAAUUAUGGUAGAUUUAAUAUUUGGAAAUCAAAGAGAAAAACUAAUUGCUAUUUGGGGUCGUGAUAAAUUUGGUCUUAGUAAAAGAGAAUAUGAAAGGCAUACUGUACCUUUUAAAAAUUUGGAAAUAGUUUGGAAUGAUUUGAAUUCUCAAAUUGCUAAUGGCAAUCUUUCCAAGUAUACAUUGAAAAGUUCUUCCGAGUUAACAUUGGAUCCUACGAAUACCAUUUUAAUUGAUGAUUCUAGACAUAAAACUAAAUUGCAACCUUUCAAUGCAAUUCAUCCACGUGAAUUUGAUCUCAAAAGUUCACGUAAUGGGGAUGAUUCUGAAUUGAAGAAAAUUAUUGAAUAUUUGGAAGUGAUAAAAUAUCAAAGUAAUGUAGCUGCGUAUAUGAAGGAUAAUCCAUUUUCUGUUCAAGAAGAAAUGACAGAAAUAGAUAUACAUUAAAGGUAUGAAAUUGAGAUUAGUUCAUUUCUAUAUAUAUACUCGCUCAACUUUUAAUUAUCUUUAAAUAAAAUAUUCUAAACAUUAAAACAAGUUGAAAUUAAGUGAUAUAAAUAUUUUUCACAUAAUAUAAUUAGUGUAUACAAUUUAUAAUUAACGUUA